AUGAAAUUAAUUGUUAUCUUAGCUUUCUUUUUUUGUAUUACCCAAAAUAUUGUUGGAUUAAAACUUUGGAAAGAUUGUACUGAUGAAGCAUGUCUAGAUUCUUGUUAUCUAGAAGGUUUUUGGGUAGGCCAAUGUAUAAUAUAUACUUAUCCAAAUGGAAAAGAAGAAACAUUUUGUCAUUGCUGGAAUGAUGAGCCAGUCGACGAAAUACCUAAAUAA